CGCGGGCUGGUGGUCGGGGUGUUGUCGGAAGGGUGGAGGUGUCGGGCGCCAGUCGCUACGCGGACGUUGAGCUCGGGAUUCCCCGUGUCGUGCCCGCCGAGACAUUUUUCCCCGAGUCGAUUCCUGAUCGGGCGAUCGCCUCGCGUUUCGAUCAACCUCGAUCUACCGUUUCAUCGCUAUCCCUUUUUUUUUCUUCGAAUUAUUUCUCGAAUCGAUAUCGGCCGUCCCCCCCGGACGCCUCAGGGGAUCGGCAGCCCGAUAGAUCGGGAUCGGCCGCGUGUGCUCGCGAUCUAGUGACGUUUUAACAGUGCCGAUCUGUGUGGAUCGUGACGAUCACGAUGAUGAUUUCCCGAGGAUAUUCGACUACUGUGCACCGCCCCCGAGGACUUUAAAGGAUACCGAUCGCGUCGAGGACCACGCCGAUUCGCGACCCCGUCCCGGAUGAUUGGAUGAGUGCGUCGAGUAGGAAACUUCCGUUGGAGAAUUAUUUGGAUUUCCACGAGGAUUUUCUGUUCCGGCGUCAUCGAUAUCGGAUUCUCUCGACGGAUGAGUAACGAAGCGUGGCCCGGUCUCGAGGUACAUUUACGUAUCUGGAACUUGUGGACCGUGUUUCGUUUUAUUCCAAGCAAAUACGAAUUUUAAGGCUGCCCGAAUAGCACACAGGAUCCUUGAUGAUCCGGCGGGAACCCGCAAGCUUUGUGAAUCGCGUCGAGGGUCCAGACGAGGGGAUCGCCAUCAGCCGUCCUGGCAGCAACCACGGCAGAAUGCGCUCCGUAGGAUGCCUGCGUCCGAGGUCAUCGAGGGUGUAGAACCCGAGGGGGAAAGUAAUCGGGCGGGCAGCGUGCAAGAUGAGAUAGAAAGACGCGCCGGUACAUCGUGGAACGAGUCGCUAGGCGCCAUGUGCUCGAGCGUGCGAGCCUGGCGGUGGCGCGGUGCAGUUUUGGGGACGGUUUUACUAGUGUCGUGGGCAUCGGCGGUCGCAGUUUGUCCGUCGGUGUGCACGUGUAAAUGGAAGAGCGGCAAGGAGUGGGUGGAGUGCGCGAACAGGGACCUGAAGGCACUGCCGCAGGGUGCACGCGUGGAGACGCAGGUGUUGGACCUGUCGGGCAACCACCUGGUCAGCCUGCAGCCCGAAUGCUUCCACUUGUUGGGACUCGUAAACUUGCAACGACUCUACCUGGCCAAAUCACACAUCAGCCGCAUAGCUUCCAAGGCGUUCGUUGGCCUGGUCGGGCUGGUGGAGCUUGACCUGUCGGACAAUCUGAUCGAGGAGAUACCCUCCGAGACCUUCCCCUCCUACUCGAAGCUGAUGAAACUGUUGCUGAACGGGAACCCGAUCAAAGAGAUCAGAAGAGCAGCGUUCCAUCACUUGGAGGACCUGACCACCUUAGAGCUCAGCCGAUGCCGACUCGAGACCAUCGAACAGGGAGCCUUCGACGGUCUUCAUCAGCUCGAAUGGCUCAGACUCGACGGCAACAGGCUCACCCGCGUGCCAGACUUCACGCUUCCUCUCGGUGGCAGUCUGAGAGGACUCACUCUUCACAACAACUCCUGGCUAUGCGACUGCAGGCUGAACGCCACGCAGGCCUGGCUCAAGGAGUCCUCUCCCGCCGCUCCUCAGGAGUCCGAGCCUGUCUGCGAUGCUCCGCCACGGUUAAGGGCCAGGCAAAUCAAGGCCGUCAAGCCGAACGAGCUCGCCUGCCUGCCGGAGAUCGAGCUGCAGAACAAAGUCGAAGCUUACGAGGGCGACAACGUCACGCUCAAAUGCGAUGUCUACGCUGUGCCAGUCGCUAAGCUCACCUGGUGGUGUAACGGGGAACCCUGCAAGCUACAGACCGAGAACGAUUCGGUUGCUGGCGGGCCACUGGGCUAUCCACGAUACGUGUACCGACAGCGGGGCGGCACGAACAUGAGCAGCACCCUGCUGCUCUACACGGUAGAAUCAUCGAACGAGGGCAUGUACACCUGCAUAGCAGAGAACGAGGCCGGUUCCGCAGAGGCGAACCUGUCUCUACGAGUGCUAUUCCAGGAGAAGAUCACCGUCGAACCGCCCAACGACCAUUCCAGAUCAGGCUACAUCAUGGCGAUCGCAGCGGGAGCUUUGGUAGGCACUCUGUUCGUCCUGGGCUCGUUGAUCGGCAGCAUAGUGUUCUGCAUGCGCAAACGUCGCCGGGACAGGAAGCGAAACUCGAAAGCCCUGGUAUCCCAGAACAAGUCGGUGAUGCCGAUCACCAAAGACACCACGACCAGUCUGACUUGUCGAAAGGGCAACGGCAGCUUGCUGGGGCUGGAACAUCAGCAGAUCGUCUCUUACACCGAGCGCGAGGUGAACAGGGCCGCGACUUUAGAGCACAGGGAGCACAGGCCCGUGGACGAGCCUUACUGCAGCCCGGUGUCCAAGUACCUGACGGAGCCGGACCUCAUCAACGAGGUCCCCGAGGCCACGGACGUCGGCUAUGGACAACUGUACCGACACCAGCCCGGCGAGAGGCAGAUCCCCGAGUACGAUUCCGGUUAUCCGCUUCAGCCGGAUCUCCGCCAGCCCACCAUUCCCCAGCUGAGCUACCUCGACCAGGAUGGUUACCCCUUCAACUUUGGCCUGCCGAAGAUACCCUUCAGCGCUGCCAGCACCUUGCCUCGGCUGCGGACCAGAAUGGCAGAGGGAUCCGCCGUUGCGCCACCCGCCAGGUACUCCAGGGAAGCCGAGUUCCUUGCGAGGUCGCCCGGCUACGACCCUGUGCUGCCCAGGACUGAUGCCAGGUACACCGCGGAGGGCUACCCGUACCCGGCCCAGAUGCAGCCGCCGCCGCAGAUCCAACCGGUGGAGCAGCCGUUGCAACAGCAGCUGCCGAUGUCCCCGGUGUCCCCGGUCGCGGUGUUCCCGGAGGUGCCGUUCAUACCUUCGCCACCUGCCGCCUACCGUGGCGAGACCACUCCCCUGUCCCCGAGGUCGCUGCUCAGCAAAACAGCCCGCGAGGCUGCAGCCGCGGCCGCUGCGAGGGCCGAGGACCUGCAGCCACCGCAUCACCCGGAAAGCCCCGACGAGGGCUACGUGGGCGACGCCAUGGACGUCUAAAGACUUCUUGGUGUCUGUUCGAAGCACGGGACAUCGCGAUCGGACCAGUUUCGAAGAUCGCAGGAGAGAGAAGACGGGAAAUAAGAGGGAGGUAGACGCGUUCCAGGUGUCCAAGGACAGAUCGUAGGGGAGCACGGGACGAUCGAUCUCGGCGAAAUGAGGAAACUGUCUGCGCUCGGACAGAUUAAUCCGCGGAAAACACGAGCCCGGAACAUGAUUGGCAGAACAAGAAGACGGGGCCGGGACGGGGGACGUCGUCGACAUCCGGCGGAAUGGAUAUCAGACGUCGCAAAGUGCCUGCCGGUUGGCCAGGAACAAAGGAGAACCGUAAUGGAUUAAUCAGGUGCGAGGCUGCCGCCACGGAAGUCCCGUGUCUGCGGAUAAUAAUUUCUUGUCAGAGCCAGCGCCGCCACUAAUCAAAUCGCAGCCCGAAAACGGAGCGCCGGUCCCCGGAUCGGUGUGAUGUCGGAUCCCCAAGAUCGUGAUGUUCAUUCGAUUAGUGCGCCGGAGAGACUCUGGAUCGGGUCGGACGAUUUCGUUGCGGGACUCUCGCAAUCUCUCGAUCGGGGAAACAACGGUGGUCGAACUCCUGCUUUCCGGUCUCUCUUCUUCCCUCUGUGCAUUCUCCUCGGCACUUCUCCCGCUCUCCCCGCUCUUUUUCCCUCUUCCUUUCUCUCCCGAUUUUUCUCGCGCUCCCGCGCGCAACUCUCCCCGGCGUACAAUGGAACACCCAGGAACGUGGAAUACGUUAACGCGGUGCGUCGACCGCGGGGUAGCAUUUUCGGAGAGCUUGCGAAAGCCGCGGAAAAGCAAACAACUCGCCGCACAAGCGAAACCAGGAGGAAUUCCGGAAAAAUGGCUGAUCCAUGCCGAUCCUGAAAGAGGCUAGGAACCGGGAACGCUGCCACCCGGGCAUCCGCGUUGCUAGUCGGACUCUCUCUCUCUCCGCCUCUCUGCUCGCUGGAAACUCGGUUUGUCGAUCGAUAACCGUUGAAAUUGCUCCCACGAUUUUGCCGAGUUCUAUUUCGACCUGGCUGGAACUGAUUAUCGAGCUAGAAACAAGAAUCGGCUAGAGUCGAGGCGAUGGUUCGCGGUAUUUUAUACUCUCGAAGAGACUGCGGAUGUGUGUACGAGCACUUCGAUAUUAGUACGUUAAUCGAAAUCGAUCGAGAACGACGCAGAGUUCCAGUUCGAUAAUUUGUGAUGGUUUCUGUGUAAUUGUGUAUUUUUUCAAAUUCUUCGAUCGUUUUAUAACCCGAGACGGAAUUUCGCGUUCCAAUAACAUUCGAGAGCUUUUAAACGUUUUGAUAUUUGGUACAGCGAUUCGAAGCGUUUCGGUAGGUAGAGUUAGCGGGGUAGGUUACUUGAUUAACUUUAUAUUUAUCGAAUACGACAUAUUAAUUAACAUUUGGGUUUCGGUGGUACUAUAGAUAUAAUUAAGCCGUAGACGAGGGACACCGCGUUGAAAUCAUCGACGCAGGUUUCACCGACGCUGUUUUGGCCGAAGAGAAUUCAUCGAAGCCAUGUCUACUCGAUAUCAUAAUUAUUUAACAGCGAUAUGGAUAAAAACUUCGUAAACGAUCAUUGAACGAAAAAUUUGAAGCAUUUUACUGUUUCGUUGCAUUGAAAGAAUUAUAAGCCAUUGCGAUCAUGAAAGUUUACAUAAAUGCAUCAGUUACAUAAUUUAGUACUCUUGGCAAGUUUAUUCGUAAACAAUCGUCAAAUGUCUUAAUCGAUAAGAAACAAUCAGUACCAGAAAUCUAUAAAUGUCGUUUAAAUGUGAUUUCUCUACGAUGCUUGCAUCUGUUAAGGAUAAACAACUGCCCAAUCUAAAUCCAGUGUUCAUGCGUGCAAUAAAUGGGAUCAUUUACCAUUGUAACGAUUAAAAGAUCAAUUAAAACGCAGCCAGUCUUCGAUCGCAAGUCGGUGGGACCUGUGCGUCCGAACGCAGUCUAACCUAAAUGGAGAUAUCCAAUUUUCAAUUUCAUAUCCAGCGUCCAAAACAUCGCGCAUCUAAAGAGCAUGCAUUUCUGCCACGGCGAAACUUCGCCAGGUCAAAUCGAGCGCGAUAAAAGAUGUUUUCCAGCGGCAGAGAG